AUGUCACUGCCUUAUGGGCCACCAGUUCCCGUAUCUCCUUUGAUCAGAGGAAUGAGAUAUGCAAUGUUAGUAGCGGGAAUUAUAUAUGGUCGUGUGAAACAAAAGUUUUAUGAAUCACAAGAAGCUGCAUGGCGGGAAGAGGAAGCCGAAAAAAAGAUAAUAAGAGAUAGGGAAAUGGCGAAAGUGAAAGCAAGGAUCGCUGCAGAAGAAAGAGAAAACGUGCGCCUUUUGGAAACCGGCGAAUUAUUUAAA